ACUGUCCGCGGCAAUGUGCGAUCGUCAGAUCCCGCCAGCGAAAAAAAGUUUGCGAUUUUCAGUCUUUUUAUUUCUAAGAUCGUGAAUUGACGUACGAUGUUAUCACAAGGGAGACAAUUUUAACCAACUAGCUAAGAUAGGUUAACUUGGGACCGAGUUGACACCGAGUUGGGACCGAGUGGCGGAUACUGUUCUGCCAACUGGUUUAGCUCAGUUGUUUUGAGUCGACGCCCAUUUCCGUGAUGUCAUAUUCCUUCUCAGACAAGGCGGGCAGUUCACUGCCGAGGGAUGAUGAUGAAGAUGAUGACAAUACACUCAAGAUUAUGGUCGCGACGGAUUGUCAUGUGGGUUACGCAGAGAAAGACGGGAUCAGGCACAGCGACUCGCUGAACACGUUUGAGGAGAUCUUACAGCAAGCCAAGAAGAACAAGGUUGACAUGAUCCUGCUGGGAGGCGACCUCUUCCAUGAGAACAAACCCUCCAGGAAGGCCCUUCAUGGUGUGAUGGCGCUGAUCCGCAAAUACUGCAUGGGGGACCGACCGGUGCAGAUUCAGUUCCUGAGUGACCAGAGCUUGAAUUUUGCUGCCAACCCGUUUCCCGUUGUCAACUACGAGGACCCAAACAUCAACGUUGAAAUACCGGUUUUCUCCAUCCAUGGUAACCAUGACGAUCCAGCAGGGCUUGGCAAUCUCUGUGCCUUGGACAUCUUGAGCGUGUCGGGACUGGUCAACUAUUUCGGAAAGUGCAACUCACUGGAAAGCAUCGAUGUGACGCCACUCUUGAUUCAGAAGGGCUCAACAAGGCUAUCACUGUAUGGAAUAGGCUCCAUCCGAGACGAGCGCAUGCAUCGCAUCUUUGUCAGCAGGAAGAUCCGGUUCUACCAGCCCAAGGAUGAGGACAAUCCGUGGUUCCACCUGCUAGUCUUGCAUCAAAACAGGACCAAGCACGGAGAGACCAACUACAUCCCCGAGCAAUUCCUGCCGGAUUUCUUAGACCUGGUCCUCUGGGGUCACGAGCACGAGUGCAAGAUUGACCCCGCCUGGAACGACAGGCAACACUUCUUUGUCAGCCAGCCCGGCAGCAGCAUCGCCACGUCGCUGUGCCAGGGGGAAUCCGUCCAAAAACACAUCUGCCUGCUGAAAGUGAGGGGCAAGGCUCUCAAGUGCACCAAGAUCCGGCUGGAGACGGUCCGGCCCUUCUACAUGAGGGACAUUUGCUUACAGGACACCGAUCUCAACCCAGGCCACGCUGGCAUCAAGGACAAGGUGGAAGCCUACUGCUCGGAGAGGGUAGAAGGACUGAUAUCUCUUGCCGAGGAUGAACACACAGGGAAUCCAAAACAACCCCUAUUGCCACUCAUUAGGUUAAGGGUUGACUACAGCGGUGGGUUUGAGACGUUCAACGUGAACCGUUUCGGCCAGAAGUUUGUCAACAGGGUGGCCAACACCAAGGACAUCAUCCUCUUCCACAGGCGGAAGCUGCAGCCAGAGAAGAGGGAUGUGAAACCGAGUCAAGACAUGGCCAACUACCUGAGGCCUGAUGCUCUUGACGCUGGGCGGGUGGAGGACCUGGUCAAGCAGUACUUCUCCGAUGCUGAUGAGCACAAGCAGCUGAACCUCCUGUCGGAGAAGGGUCUGGGCCAAGCCAUCCAGGAGUAUGUGGACAAGGAGGAGAGAGACGCCAUCGCUGAACUGGUCAAGUUUCAACUGGAAGGGACCCAGGGACAUCUGAAGAACAGAAAGACUUCGGACACUUUCAUCCUUGAGGAGUUGAAACAUUUCAAGGAGCAAAGGAAGAAGAUGUCUGAGGCCGACCAAUCCAAGGAAGUCAAAGCGGCGAUGGAGAAAGCCAAGGAGAAGCGACUCCAGCGAGGAGGAGACUACAGUGACGACGACCGAGACAUAUCCACUAUAGACUCGGAUGAUAGCGACCACUCCACAGCACCUUCAGGACGGGGCAGGGGAAGGGGCAGAGGGCGAGGCAGGGGGCGAGGUCAGGGGUCAACGGCACGAGGCAGCCGUGCUAGGGGAGGCAGGGCCGGGAGCCAGGCUGCAGGGAACCGGUCAAAGCAGAGCGUGUUGACGAGUAGUUUCGUCCAAGCAAGUAAACCAGCCUCCAGAAAUUCCCGCACAUUUGGAGAUAGUGACGAUUCUGGGGACGAGAGUGUUUCCUCCCGCGCUACCGCCUCGUCCACUUCAUCCAGAAAAAACAGCAACCAGAGGAAUGCAAAGAGAAGUGCAGUGCAGUUUCUAGACAGUGGUGACUCGGAGGAAGGAGAUGAAUUUGAUGAUUUCCCACCAAGCUCUCGGAGGAACAAGCCCUCAACAUCCAAGAGGGGCAGACGAUACUAAAGUCAAGGUAUAUCAACCAAUCAGAUUUGUGCUUGUAUAAUGUAUAAUGCAGACCAAUCAAAUACCUUGUUAUAUCUGAAAUUUGGGAGGGAGUGUUUCUUGUUGCGCACAGGGAUGCCUUGAAAAAGGCAGAAAAAUAUAUUUUGUGUCUGAAUUGCUAUUUUUUUCCAGCACUACAAAUGAUAUUUACUUUUGAAUGAGGCCAGGGUUGAGAUUUGUCAGGAUUUUUGUACUGAUUUCAGCAUUUGUUAAGAAUCUUUUUUUUUUAAAUCUGGAUUUUCAGAGGUUUUACCGUAGAGGAGUUUUGACCUCUAAAGGUUUAUACAGAGCAAAAGAAAUUGGUAUUUGUGACCGACUCUACAAAAAAAGGGUAUUAAGUCGCCCUUAGCAUUAUUGUGUAAUUGCCUGCUCAACAUUGAGAGGGUGAAAAUUUCGUCAAAAUGUGAUUUUCAUUUGAUGUCAUGAAUGAAAUCUUUAAUGCCUACAGUUUCAGAUUUCUAUCACAGAAAUGUUGAUUUUGAUGAACAAAGUGGAAAAAACAACCAUUUUGUGUGGAUCAUUCUAGUGUUCUACAACAAAGCCAGCUAUUUCAAAGCCUUUUUUCUCAGUUGUACAAUUUGAACUCUAAGGAAGAAAUUAAUAUGCAAAUAUGCCAUAUCUCCAGAACGGGAGGGGCUACGGAGCUCUACUAUAUACUAAAUGAAAGCUUAUGUUGUGUUCUUUCCAACCAUGUUUAUAACUCCAUUUCACUUUUCUGCAACAUUAUACCCUUUUUUUUGUGGAGCCGGUCACAUUGAAGGGGUGGCUUUAGGCAAAUUUGUACAAACAUACACUGUGUACCAUAGACGCUGCAUUGCUCUGGGCCCUCGGCGACACUCAAACCUCUGCGGAUAUUUCGUGGAUUGUUCAUUUUCCCCAAUCUCACCCCUGGACAUCGAACAAAAAACUCUGCCCACCUUUGGUUAUGGAUUAUUUUUUCCAGUCAACAAAAUUGAAUUAUUUUGCAAACUGGCAAUAGUUCAGGCUUAUCUUUUGUGUGUUAUUGGCUCAAAAGCAACCCAAAAAUAAAAGCAUGUUUUCAAAGGGUUGAAAAUAUCCAAAAUGCAAGGGGAAAACAAAAUGCUUUUUCCAUAUAAAUUACAUCAUAAAAAUUGAAAGCUUAUUGGGAGAAAAAAAUUAACAUGUUGAACAGCAUGCAUGGAGCAAUUUUAAUGAAGCGUGCAAAAUGUGUGAAAAUUUAUUUAUUGCAGGGUGUUAAAACACUGGGCUGCGUUACAUUCUCAUGUUCAAUAGCGUGAACAGUAGCAAGGCCCUUGUGGACAUGCCAAUCCCUAGUACAACCCAAAAAAAUAUAUAUAUUUUGUCAAAAUGGCAGUGCUACAUUGCUUUCAAGUCUCACUGUUAGGAAGCUUUUUUUUUAAUUCUUGAAACCUUAGCUAUAGUGAAAUAAUUUCGCUUACGAUUUGAAUAAUUUAUUUGGGAGUUUUGAUGUAAAAACAGGCACAUUUUAGGCUCGACAGAAGCAUGACAUUCAUUGCGUGGGAGUCGGCCAUUUUGGAAAAGAACAGCGAGCGACUCGGAUGGAUCUUUCGUUGCUAAGAUUUGCAAACUUGGUGGCAAACAAUCAUUCUCAUUUAAAGGCAAUGUUACCAAACAUUAGCAUUAUCCACAUAAUGAUGGUGUUUUCACGAAGUGAAAAGAACCUCAAUAUCCUGCAAUAAGGUCAUCCUGAGAUAAUCGCAUUUGGAAUUAAUCUUUUUUUUUUCAAAAAUCAUUUUGGACUAGUUUGCAGUUACAGAUUUGGGAAAUGUUGGCAUUGUCAAGUAAAGUAUGCUUUGUUCUUUGCUAAUUCAAGUUGUUUGUUAAAAAUCUCUCUUAAUUAAACAGUAAUUCAUGAAAGAUCUUUUACCCUUUCGAAAACACCCAUAUGCAGAGGCCUUUAUUAUUUUUCCCAUUACUUUGUACACACUCUCUGUCACUUUGUGAAAACAUACAAGGUUUCGAGAAAUUUGUACAAACAUCAGUGCAGCCCACGCGAAUCUGUUUUUGAUCAACAUCAUUCCCUGCGUACUCGUCCAUUCCCAACCUAACACGUGUAGAGAAAUAAACUCUCUGGCCCUGCUGACGAGGUGACUUUUUGUCACUUUGUGAAAACAAAAAAAACACAACAAUCAGGUUUUUGUCAAAUGUUUGUUUACGAUAAUUACAAAAGUAAACAAUAUUUUGCUCUGAAAGCUGUUCAAAUUGUUCUUUUUGUCAAAUGCAAUAAAAUGGCCAGCAAAACUCAUCAUCAAAAAAUUAUUGAUUUUCCAAGUUUGUGAAAACACCGACGGUAAGAGCAACACGCCCCUGAAAACUUACUUGCAACCCCCCCCCCCCAAAAAACCAAUCACUUGGUUACUAAAAUAGAAAAAAUCUUUUGCAACCAAAUUUCAAAACUUCCUGUUACAGAACUGAAAUGCACACUUGAUAUCAUUUCCAAACCCGAGGAAAUUUAAGAAAAAAAACUGACACAGAUAAAAACCAGUCAUUUAAGACAAACUGAGCCGCAUCUUUGACAUUUUUUAUUUCUGAUAUGAGAUAAAAAGGAUACAAUUGUAUGAAUGAAAAGAGUUCUUACAAAUUUUUUUUAUAGCUUUGAUUCCAGAUGAAUAAAUUUGUCAUUUAGUCAUUCUUUUUUUUUAAACGACAACUUUUUCAUUCACGUUUUGUUAACUAUAAGAUCAAUUGAUGUUAUACAUGUAUAUUUGUAUUGCCGUAAAGUUGAUAUAAUUUUUGUCAAAUAUAAUCAUCACCAAUCGAUUAAAAUCUCAUUAAAUUUUGAUCAAAAAUUCUAUAACUAGGCUCCUGAAGUACUUGAUACACGUAGAGAAUGAUAGAAGAUUGUCAAUUUGCCAACUUGGCCACAUUCCAGAGAAUGAACACGUUUUUACAGUGAAAUGAAAUAACUAAAUGUAAUCACAUCAUUUUUUUCACAUUCACAUGCCAAUAUGAAACCUGUCACGACAAACUGAGCAAAAACUCAAAACUUUCGAAGAAUUGAGACAUUUUUCUUUCCGGAUUCUGCAGAACAAGAGCUUUCUACAUAUGAGGGUACGGAGUUCAGUAACGGAAAUGUAGACCACCAACUAAAAUUGAAGCUGUUCAACUAAUUUUUGAGAAAAUGGCAUUUAAAAAUCCCACAUUACAGCGAAUGCAUAAUCAAAUGAGAAACUGGGUUCAAAAUUGGAUUGGAAGAAGCUUGAUGGAACAAAAACAAUUGGGGGAAAAGUAGAACCACCCUUUUAAAUGUCGGCUGCCAUUUUGUCAUCAUGUGACUGGUCAUCAUGUGACUUUGGCAUGUGUGCGGGUAAUGUUGCCGUCUCCGCAAGGGUGAAAAAAAGGUACCGGUGCUCCAGUGAUCUGGUGGACCGGUAAAAUCGGAAAGUUGUGCGGCGGGCUUAAGUUUUUUGCUAAAAAGUCACAUGCAUUGGACUUUGAUGGUGUCCUACUCAGUAGUAAAUAGUAAAAGAAACAUUUAGAGAUGUAUUAGUUUGUAUAAGAUCAAUUAUUCUUUCAUUGUUUUGAUUAAGAACAAUGCUACAAAAAUCAGGAGAGCCAGCAGAUUCUUCUUCAAAAUCCCUUUUUCAAUGUUUUACAAAUAUUAUUUAUAAUCAGUAAUGAAAUACUCUGUAUCGAUAAAAACUAUUGCACAACAUUUUAAACAUUGCACAUAUCUCGCAAGUCCAAAUUCUCACCAAUCAAAAUUAAAAAUUCAACACAAUGAUACUUCAAAUUUGACCUUUCACAAUGACAAGACAAACUGAAUCUCUUGUUAACAGGCACUUCAUGUACAAUUAAAAAUUGGGUACAAAUCAAGAAAAAAAAGACAUGAAAAAAGAUAAACUGUCGUAGAAUAAAGAGGUGUACUUAAAACAAAAAAAAAGAAACAAACUUCCUAAAAAAAAUAUAAUUUUUAAACAGGAAAGGGGGAUAGCAUAUAUUUUACAGCAUAAAAUUUGCUUAUAAAUGUAUAACAUUAUUUCUUUAAAAUCAAGUACAUGAAUGAUGCACAAUCCAAUUGUACAUAAUUAUUUUCAAAAAAAACCAAAACAGUUUUCUAAUGACAUCACUAGGAGUAUAUCAUACAAAACUGCAACUUUCCCAACAUUUUUUUCCACCGAGCUUUGACAAUCUAUAUCGUCCUUUUCCCCUUUCGUCAGAACUCCACGUUUUGCAAAUGUUACAAUCGCCUUUUUUUAUGAAGUUUUAAUUAUUGCUUACACAUCAUUUCAUUUCAUUUUCUUCAUUUCGUAAUUAUAUCAGUAUAAAAUAGUGGACAUUUUUGAUUAUAGUUGAACAAAUUUUGGUUAUAUUUUGUGUGUUAUUUUUGAUAUAAAAUUUGAUAAGGUUAUACAACUUUUUACAUUGGCAAACUUAAGGAAAAUGUUGACGUUGUAGAGGGUUUAAGACUGUGCGUCCUGUGCACGGAUGUGGCUGUUUUGUGUUAAAAUGACUUUAAAGUUGCUUUCCCCAUGCUUUUUUGGUAUUCUUGAAUGUUUUUUUUCUCAUAAUAACUUGUUUAACUUUUACAUUUUGUUCCAACGCAAAAAGCUUAAUUUUUUUUUGAGUGUUCACAGCCUUUUGAAAAAAAAAAGAUUUCAUUUGGGGCACAAAUAGUUUGCCUUUAUUAUGAGCUAACUGGUUCUCGGUCCAUACAUUAUUGAUACUGAAUGUGGGGCAGGAACCAGCCUACAAUAUGAGAAAGAAUUUUCAGGCCGCAAGUAAUGCAACAUUUUUUAAGUAAUUCAACAACCAAAUGAAGGCCAUUUUCAGUCGAUGUCUUAUUCACAAGUGAAUGCCAGAAAAAUAGCAAUUUAGACAAGGAAUCUAUGAUUUGGAAUGAAACUCAAAAGUAGAAGGGAAAUUGAACCUUUAUAUGUAAUCUGCCAGUUUUCAUUAAUAAAUUGUAAGCUCUAUUGCCUGUUAAAAGCUUUCUGUAGAUGUGAAAUGUUGCCCAAUUAAGCUUUCUGCAAACAUUGGGUACAUGAGGUUAGAAAACUCUUUAAAACACUUUCAGGAGUUACAUCAAACCAGGCUAGCAACUUUUCUUUGGAUCAGCCGAUUUCCAUUUGUUUUCACUUCACCCUUCACGUACGCCUUCGAAAUACACUGUAGGAGGUUGUGUAAAGCUUAGAAUUUUUUUCUGUGUGUGGUUGGUUACUUUCCAAUUACAUGCAUGAUGAGCAAGAAGAUAUCAAAAGUGUACAGUUGGAAAGGGCAGAGUUCCUAUCAAGUGAGCCACAAAAAAAGUCAUAUCACACAUCAUGGUCGUAAGUAACAGGAUGAAAACAUGUGACAAUAUGUCAAAACCCAUGCCUGUGUCGCAGUUCAUUGGUAUAGCCUGUCAUUGAUUUAAGACGGACUUGUAGUUGUAAUGGAACUUGUUAAUGACAUGAUCAAAACUCUGGUACAAAUUCAUGUAUAUAAACAUUUUCAAUUACACAUCAUAUUUUGGUGCUGCUGUCGCCCAUCUUUGUAUUCCCUAUUACAUGAAUGCACAAUACCACAGUGAUGCGCAUAGAGAAUUGUUAGACCUCUGUUUUGAAUACUGUACUUUCAUUGGCCUAGAACGAUCACGUGUUAAGUUUAUAAAAAGUCAAAGCACACUGCCAUGCGAAGACUUUGUACGUACGGUGUGAAACGCUUGUAUAGUUGGUACCCACGCUAUUUUCACCAUGUUUUCACCAUGUUUUCACACCCCUAAAUUCCCAGUUGCAUGCCUGUAGUUGCCAACAUUAAUAACCUACUCCCCCAGCUGAAAGACAUCACAGUAUUCACACUCUCUCUGGGAAUUUGUGCCAUGAACCGUCCCAAACCCUCCACAAUCCAGCAAACCAAGUGGCAAAUUCGUUGCACUGUUGAAGCUUUCAUGGGCCAUCAAGUUCCAUGUAAAGUAAUAGUGGCCGAGUUCCUCAAUCUUUCAAAAUCCUCUGAACGUCUCGUUGGAUUUUGAUGGAUUUUGAAGGGUUUAGGAUUAACACUCCACAGUUGCACCAGCGCUGCUUGAUGUACUUAUCAUGUAGGUUUAUAGGCACAAGUUUCUAGUGGCUGCAGUAGUUGCAUUAGAGUAACCUGCUAAGAGACAGCAAAGAUGGCUACAGCAUUGUAAAUAGCCUGUUUAUGUUUAUCAUCUCAUUGAUUUGUAAGAAAGAUAAGACCACUGCCUAUGUACAUACAUGUAGAAAGACUUGAUAUAAUAAUAAAAGUUUUCUUUGUAAAGUUAA